AUGCUAGCAGCGCGCGUCGGCGUCGCCGGACGCGGAGGGACGGCGAGGGGAGAGCGAGGCCACGCCCACCGCGGCGCUGGGCCCGCCUCCGCGUCCGCCCCCGCCACAAAAAGCGCGGGCAGCGCGCGCAGGGCCGGCGGCCGGCCGCCAGUUGUUUACUCGCCAGCCCAGCGAGAUGAUGAAGAGCGAGGACGCUCCGGCGCCCGCCGCCGACGCGCACGAGCCUCCGCCGCCGCCGCAGCCGCAGCCGCAGCACCACGCGUCCGUGCUGCAGCAGACCAUCAACAUCCAGCAGCACCUGCACCACCUGCACCUGCACCAGCACCACAGCGUCAUCCUCAGCGGCGCCGGCGCCGGCGCGCUCCCGGAGCUCGACCACCACGCCGCGCUCACCUCGCACCACCACCAGCAGCAGCUGCAGCAGCAGCAGCAGCAGGCGCACCACCUGCAGCAGCAGUUGCACGUCGAGGCUCUGCAGCAGCAGCAACAGCAGCAGCAACAACAGCAGCAGCAACAACAGCAACAACAACAACAACAGCAACAACAGCAGCAGCAACAGCAGCAACAGCCGCAGACGCAGCAGCAGCAGACGCAGGACAAGGAGCAACAGCCGCCGGCGAAGAAGGGCAACCCCGGAGUGCGGCGGCAGGAGAAGCCGCCCUACUCGUACAUCGCGCUGAUCGUGAUGGCCAUCCAGAGCUCGCCCGCCAAACGGCUCACCCUGAGCGAGAUCUACAGCUUCCUGCAGCAGCGCUUCCCCUUCUUCCGCGGAGCGUACCAGGGCUGGAAGAACUCGGUGCGCCACAACCUGUCGCUGAACGAGUGCUUCAUCAAGCUUCCCAAGGGGCUGGGCCGGCAGGGCAAGGGCCACUACUGGACCAUCGACCCCGCGUCCGAGUUCAUGUUCGAGGAGGGCUCGUUCCGGCGGCGGCCGCGCGGCUUCCGGCGCAAGUGCCAGGCGCUGAAGCCGUCGGCGGCGGCGGUGGCGGUGGCGGCGCAGUACCACCACCAGCACGGUCACGCGCACCCGCACCACGCAGCCGCCGCCGCCGCCGCCGCAGCCGCCGCCGCCGGCUUCUUCUCGCCCGCCGCCGCCGCCUCGCACUACGACGCCGCCGCCGCCGCCGCCGCCGCGCCCGACUACCACGCGGCCGCGUGCGCCUACCCCCAGCACUACGGCUACGAGUACGCGGGCGGCGGCGCGGCCGGCGGCGGCGUGCUCACCUACCAGCAGCAGCAGCAGCAGCAGCACCAGCAGCAGCAGCAGCAGCAGCACCAGCAGCAGCAGGCGUGCUCGGACCGCGAGGUGGCGGCCGCGUGGGCCAUGCAGGGCGGCGUGUUCGCCACGAGCGACGGCAACGCCUACAUGAAGCCGCCGCCGCUCAGCCCGCUGCCCGACCACCAGCCGCUGACGCCGCCCGCGCCCGGGCCCUCGCCGCACGACCCCUACGCCUCCUACCAGUACGCGCUGCAGGCCGCCGAGCACGGCCUGCGCGGCGCCGGCGUGAGCGUGCAGUGCGACCGGAAGCCGUACCUGACGCCGCCGCCGGUGGCGCAGCAGUCGCAGCCGCAGCCGCCGCAGGUGCAGCAGCAGGCGCUGCAGCUGCAGCAGGCGUCCAUCCCCACCAGCCUGCCGUCGCCGCCCGCCGCCAACACGGCGCACGCCUUCUACGAGCACGUCAAGUACACCGUCUAGCUACAGCUGGCCGCAGGCGUUCGUUACCCCGGCGUUACCUGCGCCUUUUAACCGUCUGCUGCAGAUCCGUGUCGGGCAGUAUCCAGCGCGUUCGAGGAACCGCUGCGGCACAUCUGCGGCUACAGGAAAUGUGCGACGAAACAGGACACUACUGUGCAAAGCGCUUGUGUCAGCAACUCGGUGCUUGUGAUUUAAGAUCUUAAAAGUGACGUAACAAUAUCUCCAGGCUUUCGUCUGUACCAAAGACGUACACCAGACUGUUGUGCUUCACCGCAACCAACUGUCUUCUUUAAGAAACGGCACAUACGCCCAGCUGCCUCUGUGCUUGUGGUCUUCGUGUUGUGCAUCUAUCCGAGCAGUGCAAUGUGACAAUAAAACUAUUUAGGAACUAGGACGUUUCUGCUCACCAGGCGUCGCUUCCGCUUGCGACGCUCGGGAGAAGGCGAUCUUUGUUUGUCACACGCAUGCAAACCGACAGUGUUGUUCUGUUGUGUGAUCUGCGUAAAUAACGUCUGAUCAUUUACGUUGAUCUGUUGUAAAUGAAUUGGUAGACAGUGACACAUAGUACAAGAGAUUGUUUCGAGAAAGUGAAACUAAUAAAUAUUUCGAAAGAAAAGCGAAGCAGUUGCUUCUGUCCGCUUUCCAAAACGCGUUCUCCAGAUUAUCUGACAAUACCUCAGUAGUAUAUGCUACCGAAAAUAAAUGUUGUUUAAAUCAA